AUGUGCACAUAUUUGCAGACAGCUAGAAAGACAACAGACUUCCUGCUCCAUCACUCUCUGCCCUAUGCCCUGAGACACAGUCUAUCAUCUUGAUGGGAUCUAGAGUCCCCUAGAAAACAGCCUCGGGCACUGGGAAGACCUACGUUGCAAGCAGGCUUCCACAGUUCCGUGCCCUUGGGUCCUGAGCUGCACAAAGGGCGGAAGGAAGGAAGGUGACUGAGGAGGAACACUUGACCCUCUGCUUCCUGGCUCUGGAUUCAAGGUGAGCAGUGGUCUCAAGCUCCAGCUGUCAAGACUCCCACCACAGCGGACCUAGCUGUCCCAACUCCUGCUCCCGGCUGUCACUAUGAAGAUGGCCUUGCUUCUUCUCCUCCUCUUUGGGGGCUUCUGGGCCCAGGUGGUAAGCCAAGAAAAUCUGCCGAAUACGACGACGAUGUUGCCAUUUACUUCGAAUAGCGAGUCCCCAAGUACCUCUGAAGCCUUGAGUACCUACUCAUCAAUUGCUACGGUGCCAGUGACAGGGGGCCCUAAGGAGAGUAUCAGCCCCUGGGGGCAGACCACUGUCCCAGCUUCCUCGACCCCCUUGGGAACUCCAGAAUUGUCUUCUUUUUUGACACCAGCUGGUGACAGCAGGAACACCCCAGUACCUGAGCUUACAACCUCUCAGGAAGUUUCCACCGAGGCAUCAUCAGUACUGUUUCCAAAAUCAUCAGGUGUAGUCAGUGAUCCUCCUGUCACCAUAACUAAUCCUGUGACAAGCAGUGCUGUGGCAUCUACCUCUUCAGAAACUUUUAAAGGGACCAGUGCACCUCCUGUCACUGUGACAAGCUCGACCAUGACCAGUGGACCCCUUGUGGCUACAACUGUAAGCUCCGAGACCAGUGGUCCUCCAGUCACUAUGGCUACUUGGUCUCUGGGGCUCUCCAAAGAGACACAUGGACUCCCUGCCACCAUAGCAACCAGUUCUGUGGAGAGUUCUAGUGUGGCCGGUGGCACCCCAGUCUCCAGUACAAAAAUAUCCAUAACGUCUACCCCAAAUCCCAUAACCACCGUGCCACCACGCCCAGGAUCAAGUGGCAUGUUGCUGGUUCCCAUGCUCAUUGCCUUGGCGGUGGUUUUGUUCCUUGUGGCGCUACUGCUGCUGUGGCGCCAGAGGCAGAAGCGGAGGACUGGGGCCCUGACCCUGAGCAGAGGUGGAAAACGAAAUGGUGUGGUGGAUGCCUGGGCUGGGCCAGCUCGGGUUCCUGACGAAGAGGCCACCACCGCAUCAGGGUCAGGGGGCAACAAGAGCUCCGGAGCGCCGGAGACGGAUGGCUCCGGGCAGCGGCCCACGCUCACCACUUUCUUCAGCAGACGGAAGUCUCGCCAGGGCUCAGUAGCACUAGAAGAGCUGAAGCCUGGGACGGGUCCCAACCUGAAGGGGGAGGAAGAGCCUCUGGUAGGCAGUGAGGAUGAAGCUGUGGAAACCCCAACUUCUGACGGGCCACAAGCCAAAGAUGGGGCUGCACCUCAAUCCCUAUGAGUAACGGUAUUCAUCUAGCCUGCUCCUUAACCCCAGAUCCUGCUGUCAGCUGCCUCUCACUCUGCAUUUGUGAAUAUUUGUGGACCAGAUCCAUUCGUUCAUUCAUUAUUCAGCCAUUCAUUCCCCUCCAACCCCCGCUGUUUUCCACCUCCCUUCCUCUGUGCUCCCUUUGAAUCUCCAGAAGAUAAGCUUAGUUGACCCACAUUUUCCAAGGAUCCCCCUUGGAAUGCUGGGAUCCGACAAGAAGAAUGAAAAUGAUAAGCCAGAAAACUCCGGAGGAGGGGCCCCCUGAGGACUGCCUCUCAACCACCAUUUGCUUUGGGGACAGCCUAGAGCCUGGAUGUAGCCAUCCAGUUUGCUCUUGGGUGAACUGUGACCUGUGACUUUUCCUAGAGCACUCGGAUUUUGGGCUGGCCGGUAGCUGCUGCGGGGAGCCUGCCAGAGAUCAGUCACUUCUGGAGGUAGGGAUGAAGGGAGUUUCUGGCUCCAUGUGGUCCCUGCACCUGCUUUGUCCACUCGGAAGUAUGGUUUAUGUGCAAGAUAGGACAAUUUAGAUGAUGGCUGUGAACAGUACUGGUGAGUAUAGACCAUGGGAGAGAGCAGGGCAGAUGCUGGUGAGUUCAAAGGGAGGGGCACGGGAGCUGCCAAGCCCUCAGAUCCCUUCAUUGUGCUCAGACAGGAUACAGCUGAAAACCUAAGUUUGUCUGUAGUUCCCCAAAAGAAUGCAAACAUGAUGGGGACUAAAUGUCUCCAUACUUGUGCCAUCAAGAAUGAGUU